GCUCCCGGGUGGGCGGUCCGCGCACGCGCCGCACGGGAAUUCUUGAAGCGUAUCAGAGACAUGAAAUGGAGAAGUACGAGCGGAUUCGAGUGGUGGGAAGAGGUGCCUUCGGGAUUGUGCACCUGUGUCUGCGCAAGGCUGACCAAAAGCUGGUGAUCAUUAAGCAGAUCCCAGUAGAGCAGAUGACCAAGGAAGAGCGACAGGCAGCACAGAAUGAGUGCCAGGUGCUCAAGCUGCUCAACCACCCCAACGUCAUCGAGUACUAUGAGAACUUUCUAGAAGACAAGGCCCUCAUGAUUGCCAUGGAAUACGCACCAGGUGGCACCCUGGCUGAGUUCAUCCAGAAGCGCUGCAACUCCCUGCUGGAGGAGGAGACCAUCCUUCACUUCUUCGUGCAGAUCCUGCUCGCACUGCAUCAUGUACACACCCACCUCAUCCUGCACCGGGACCUCAAGACCCAGAACAUCCUUCUCGACAAACACCGCAUGAUCGUCAAAAUCGGUGACUUUGGCAUCUCCAAGAUCCUCAGCAGCAAGAGCAAGGCCUACACGGUGGUGGGUACUCCGUGCUACAUCUCCCCUGAGCUGUGUGAGGGCAAGCCCUACAACCAGAAGAGUGACAUCUGGGCUCUGGGCUGUGUCUUAUAUGAGCUGGCCAGUCUCAAGAGAGCCUUUGAGGCUGCGAACUUGCCAGCCCUGGUGUUGAAGAUCAUGAGUGGCACCUUUGCGCCCAUCUCUGACCGGUACAGCCCUGAGCUGCGCCAGCUUGUCCUGAGUCUGCUCAGCCUGGAGCCUGCACAGCGGCCACCCCUCAGCCACAUCAUGGCACAACCCCUCUGCAUCCGGGCCCUCCUCAACCUCCACACGGAUGUGGGCAGCGUCCGUAUGCGGAGGUCAGAGAAGUCCCUGGCCCCAGGACCACCCAUGGCCCCUGGCAGCACAGGGAACAGAGCCACCAGCGCCCGAUGCAGGGGUAUUCCCCGGGGACCCAUGAGACCGGCCAUCCCACUGCCACUGUCUUCGGUGUAUGCAUGGGGCGGGGGCCUUAGCGUCCCCCUGAGGCUCCCGAUGCUCAACACUGAAGUGGUCCAGGUGUCCGCAGGUCGCACACAGAAGGCUGGUGUUACACGCUCUGGUCGCCUCAUCCUAUGGGAGGCCCCGCCCCUAGGCACUGGAGGAGGGACGCUACUCCCAGGGGCAGUGGAGCAGCCCCAGCCCCAGUUCGUCUCACGUUUCCUGGAGGGCCAGUCGGGUGUGACCAUCAAACAUGUGGCCUGCGGGGACCUGUUCACGGCUUGCCUGACUGACCGAGGCAUCAUCAUGACCUUUGGCAGUGGCAGCAACGGGUGUUUAGGCCAUGGCAACCUCACUGACAUCAACCAGCCCACCAUUGUGGAAGCCCUGCUGGGCUAUGAGAUGGUACAGGUGGCCUGUGGUGCCUCUCAUGUCCUGGCCCUGUCCACAGAUGGAGAACUAUUUGCCUGGGGCCGAGGAGAUGGUGGGAGGCUGGGACUAGGCACUAGGGAGUCCCAUAGCUGCCCCCAGCAGGUGCCUAUACCCGUAGGACAGGAAGCUCAGAGAGUUGUUUGUGGUAUUGACUCUUCCAUGAUCCUCACCUUGCCUGGCAGGGUCCUGGCCUGUGGAAGUAACAGGUUCAACAAGCUAGGCUUGGAUCACCUGUCCCUGGAUGAGGAGCCUGAUCCCCACCAGCAAGUGGAGGAGGCCCUGAGCUUCUCACCACUGGGCUCUGCACCUCUGGACCAGGAGCCCCUGCUGUGUGUAGACCUGGGCACUGCUCAUUCUGCUGCUGUUACUACCUCUGGUGACUGCUAUACUUUUGGCAGCAAUCAGCACGGGCAAUUGGGCACCAGUUCUCGCCGGGCCAGCAGGGUGCCCUGUCGGGUCCAAGGCCUAGAGGGCAUCAAGAUGGUGAUGGUGGCCUGUGGGGAUGCCUUCACUGUAGCCAUUGGGGCAGAAGGGGAAGUGUAUUCUUGGGGCAAAGGAGCCCGAGGUCGAUUGGGAAGGAGGGAUGAGGAUGCUGGACUCCCUAGGCCAGUGCAGCUGGAUGAGACUCUUCCAUACAUGGUGACUUCAGUGUCCUGCUGCCAUGGGAACACUCUCCUGGCUGUUCGAUCGGUCACAGACGAACCAGUUCCCCCCUGAGGCAACAGGAUUAUCCAAGAGACCACCUCUGAGUGUUCUGAAAAACGCAGGUGCCUGAGGAACCACUGUUUCCAGCGUCCUGGAUUGUGUCAUCAGUGAGGUGGAAAGGCCACUGAAGGCCACUUUGUUCCUCCAAGUCCGUCCCCCCCCCCCCAACUCCUUAUCUUACUUAAGUGUCUCCAGGCUCCAGUCUGGCAGGAAUUAACAGCAGGGCAGUCUUUAAAGCCUUUGCUGAAAAAGCACACACACACACACACACAUAAACACACACCCCAAGCAGGGUUAGAAAGAAGUCCCAGGCUAGCGGUGUGGUGUCCUCGUGGAGACUGAUGCCAAGCUUUGGAGUAGGGCAAGCCAGGGCUUGUUUGGACUGGCCAUUAGGCCUGCCUAAUCCCUGCAUAGCUUGAGGCUGAUAGGUCGAAGGGAGUCCCCAUUUCUGUCAUUCCUGAGGCGGGGGUUUGCUCAAACCUCUGGGAGGGCUCCCCCCCACCGCCCAGGGAGGGAGUGGUGGAGCUAUUGAAUGGUUAAGGGGACCCUGCUGAAGGUUGUCCCUUACUCCAGGCCAUUUCCCAGACCUAGACUGAGGAAAAAAGGUAGCAGGCCAGACUCGACCAGUCAUUUCUGAAAGGUUUGAAAAUAGCGCCAAUAAAAUUAUCAAAUGCC